AAAGCUUCUGUCAACUUCACAACUCCCCGCCCCACUUAUAAAACCCCAAGCUUCACACACAAUCCUCUGCAACCGCCAUUAACUCAUCAAAUUUAAAUGAACUCAUACAAAAAAUAAACAAACCAAUGGAAAGUUCCGAUCUAUUUAGAGUGAGCAGCAGUUUCAGAAGAGGAAAUGGUUCCGAAAUGUUUACGCAAUCUUUUCGAGAAGACGAUGAAGAUGACGAAGAGGCUUUGAGAUGGGCCGCGUUGGAGAAGCUGCCUACUUAUGAUCGUUUAAGGAAAGGUAUAUUGUCUUCGGUUUCGAGAGGUGGAGCUAAUGAAGUUGAUGUAAUGAAUCUUGGGUUGCAAGAAAGGAAGAAUUUGCUUGAGAGAUUGGUGAGAGUUGCUGAAGAGGAUAAUGAGAAGUUUUUGUUGAAGCUCAAGAAUCGCAUCGACAGAGUUGGGAUUGAUAUUCCGACAAUCGAAGUUCGAUUCGAGCAUCUAACCGUGGAAGCAGAAGCCUAUGCAGGAAAUAGAGCUUUGCCUACAUUCUUUAAUUAUUCUGUUAAUGUGGUUGAGAGUCUGCUGAAUUUCCUGCAUAUUCUUUCAAGUAAAAAGAAACAUUUGCAUAUCCUUAAGGAUGUGAGUGGUAUGAUCAAGCCAUCAAGAAUGACAUUACUGUUGGGUCCUCCAAAUUCUGGAAAAACAACCCUCUUGUUGGCUCUAGCCGGUCGGCUUGAUCCUAAUCUAAAGAUUUCGGGGCGGGUGAGUUACAAUGGUCAUGACAUGGAUGAGUUUAUACCACAAAGAACUGCUGCAUAUAUCAGUCAGCAUGAUCUUCAUAUAGGAGAGUUGACUGUAAGAGAAACUUUGGCCUUCUCUGCUAGAUGCCAAGGAGUUGGCAGCCGUUACGAUCUGUUAGCAGAGUUAGCAAGAAGAGAGAAAUCAGCCAAUAUAAAACCUGAUCCUGAUAUUGAUGUCUUCAUGAAGGCUGCUGCAACAGAAGGUCAGGAGGCCAGCGUUAUCACAGAUUACGUUCUAAAGGUUUUAGGAUUGGAAGCAUGUGCAGAUACAUUUGUUGGGGAUGAAAUGUUAAGGGGCAUUUCUGGUGGACAAAGGAAGCGCGUUACAACUGGCGAAAUGCUGGUUGGAUCGGCAUCAGCGUUGUUUAUGGACGAGAUAUCUACCGGUUUGGAUAGCUCGACAACUUAUCAAAUAGUGAACUCACUCAAGCAAUCUGUUCAAAUUCUCAAGGGAACUGCUUUCAUUUCCCUUCUCCAGCCAGCACCAGAAACUUAUGAUCUCUUUGAUGAUAUAAUUCUCCUCUCUGAUGGCUUGAUAGUUUACCAGGGUCCUCGACAGCAAGUCCUCGAGUUUUUUGAAUUUAUGGGCUUUAGAUGUCCUGAAAGAAAAGGCGUCGCUGAUUUCUUGCAAGAAGUGACUUCACGGAAAGAUCAGAUGCAGUACUGGUCGAGAAAGGACGAGCCUUAUAGAUUUUACAGCGCCGAGGAAUUCGCUGAGGCAUUUCAGUCAUUCCAUGUUGGAAGAAGACUCGGAGAGGAGCUUGUAACUCCAUUUGCAAAGGCCAAGAGCCACCCAGCUGCUUUGACAACCAAAAAAUAUGGUGUCAACAAAAAGGAGCUAUGCAAAGCUUGCUUCUCAAGAGAAUACUUACUGAUGAAGAGGAAUUCAUUUGUCUAUAUCUUCAAGUGCUCUCAGCUAACAUUACUGGCGCUUAUUACAAUGACACUCUUCCUUCGGACGGAGAUGCACCGAGAUUCAGUAAUUGAUGGCGGAAUCUAUGUUGGUGCUUUGUUCUUCAUUGUAAUUAUAGUAAUGUUCAAUGGUAUGGCAGAGAUUUCUAUGACCAUAGUAAAGCUUCCUGUCUUCUUCAAGCAAAGAGACCUCAAAUUCUUUCCUGCGUGGGCGUACGCCCUUCCGACAUGGAUUCUUAAAAUCCCCAUCACAUUCAUAGAAGUAGCAAUUUCAGUGUUCAUCACAUACUAUGUUAUUGGCUUUGAUCCGAAUGUUGGAAGGUUGUUUAAGCAGUACCUACUGUUCAUAGUAGUUAACCAGAUGGCAUCUGCAUUAUUCCGUUCUAUUGCGGCUGUUGGUAGGAAUAUGAUUGUAGCAAACACAUUCGGCGCCUUUGUACUACUGAUGUUUUUCGUAUUGGGCGGAGUUGUCUUGUCUCGAGAUGACAUUAAGAACUGGUGGCUCUGGGGCUACUGGUUAUCGCCUAUGAUGUAUGCGCAGAAUGCAGUCGUAGUUAAUGAGUUCCUCGGUAGCAGUUGGAGUCAUGUUCUACCAAAUUCAACAGAACCAUUAGGAAUCCAAGUUCUGAAAUCUCGCGGUUUCUUCACAGAAUCAUAUUGGUACUGGCUUGGAGUCGGAGCAUUGAUCGGAUUCACAUUGGUGUUCAACUUAUUAUACACUUUGGCUCUUACUUUUCUCGACUCAUUUGACAAGGCUCAGGCUGUUACAUCAGAAAAACCUGAAGAAAAUCAAACUGCUACACUGCAUGAUACUAGCAACACAGAGAAUAGAGAUGAAAUUGGGAGAAGGAAGUCAAGAGGGUCUUUACAUAGUAAAAACAACAAAAAAGGAAUGGUUCUUCCAUUUGAACCACAUUCCAUUACAUUUGAUGAAAUUAUCUACUCUGUAGACAUGCCUCAGGCAAUGAAGAAUGAGGGAGUCCAUGAAGAUAAACUGGUACUAUUGAAGAAUGUGAGUGGUUCUUUUAGGCCUGGUGUUCUUACUGCUCUUAUGGGUGUGAGUGGUGCUGGUAAAACCACUCUUAUGGAUGUUCUAGCAGGCAGGAAAACUUCUGGCUAUAUUGAAGGAAACAUUACAGUUUCUGGUUAUCCGAAAAAACAAGAAACAUUUGCUAGAAUUUCUGGCUACUGUGAGCAAAACGACAUCCAUUCUCCGCAUAUUACUGUUCUCGAGUCAGUUCUCUUCUCAGCUUGGCUUCGUCUUCCCUCUGAAGUAAAACCUGAAACCAGAAAGAUGUUCAUUGAGGAGGUUAUGGAGCUAGUGGAACUGAAUCCACUGAGGCAAGCACUAGUUGGUCUGCCUGGUGUUAAUGGUCUAUCAACUGAGCAACGCAAGCGUUUAACAAUUGCUGUUGAGCUAGUAGCUAAUCCAUCAAUUAUAUUCAUGGAUGAGCCAACUUCAGGGCUUGAUGCAAGGGCUGCUGCAAUUGUCAUGAGAACAGUUAGGAACACAGUGGACACAGGAAGAACAGUUGUAUGCACCAUCCAUCAGCCAAGUAUCGACAUUUUUGAAGCUUUUGACGAGCUAUUCCUACUCAAAAGAGGAGGACAAGAGAUAUAUGUAGGGCCUCUCGGUCGCCAUUCCUGCCAUCUCAUCAACUAUUUCGAGGGAAUCGAAGGAGUAAGCAAAAUUAAGGACGGUUAUAAUCCAGCAACUUGGAUGUUGGAAAUUACCUCUGCAGCUCAAGAAAUAGCAUUAGAUGUUGAUUUUGGUGAUAUCUACAAAAACUCAGAAUUGUAUAGGAGAAACAAAGCACUUAUUACGGAUUUAAGCACGCCAGCUCCCCGUUCCAAGGAUCUCUACUUCCCUAAUCAGUACUCACUCUCAUUUAUCGGCCAGUUUUUGGCUUGUUUAUGGAAGCAGCAAUUAUCGUACUGGCGUAAUCCACCAUAUACCGCAGUGAGAUUUCUCUUUACGACCUUCAUAGGCUUGAUCUUCGGAACGAUGUUCUGGAAUCUUGGCUCCAAAUUUACAAAGCAGCAAGAUCUUUUUAACGCGAUGGGUUCAAUGUACGCUGCUGUUCUAUUCCUUGGCAUCCAAAAUGCUUCAUCCGUACAGCCUGUAGUGGCCGUCGAACGGACAGUGUUUUACAGAGAAAGAGCUGCCGGAAUGUAUUCUGCAUUGCCAUAUGCCUUUGGACAGGUUGCGAUCGAGCUGCCUUAUAUACUUGUGCAAGCUACAGUUUAUGGUGUAAUAGUUUAUGCAAUGACUGGAUUUGAAUGGAGCGUAUCAAAGUUCUUUUGGUAUUUAUUUUUCAUGUACUUCACAUUAUUAUAUUUCACCUUCUAUGGCAUGAUGACCGUUGCUGUUUCACCAAACCACCAAAUCGCCUCUAUAAUUGCUUCUGCAUUCUACGCAAUUUGGAACCUAUUUUGAGGAUUCGUAAUCCCACGGCCACGGACGCCUGUGUGGUGGAGAUGGUAUUGUUGGAUAUGUCCCGUAGCUUGGACUCUAUACGGAUUGGUUGUAUCGCAGUUCGGAGAUGUAAAAGAGAGACUCGAAACGGGUGUAACUGUUGAAGAUUUUGUGAGGGAUUAUUUCGGAUUCAGACAUGAUUUUCUUGGAGUAGUUGCAGUUAUUGUUCUUGGAUUUGCACUACUAUUUGCAUUUACAUUUGCAGUUUCUAUCAAGUUGUUCAAUUUCCAGAAGCGAUAGCACUGACAUUUCAAUCAAUAUUUUCCUUUUGAGAAACGUAUCGGAAAUUUGAUCUUGCGAAUGAAAAACUUCAUUUUUAACAUAGGAAAUUUUAAAAUAAUACAUUUUUGUGGUGUCAGUGUCCAAGUGUUAUGUUUUCCCAUAUGUGUAUCCGUGCUACAUAAGUGUUACAGUCUCGUAGCAUCUGCUGGUGUUAUUUAUCUAUGUUUUCUAAAAUCAUUUUUGACUA